AGCUCCGUCAGUGGCCGUCUCAAUGAACCGUCCAAUCCUAAACACAUACUUGCACAUAUCAUUCUAGCAGGCUCAUUCUCAUCGUUUUCAAGGUUCAAAGUUACUAAAUUCCCAUAGAUGUGCAGUUAUGAGUUCUAAUCUUCCCUCCCCUGAAAGUGCUGAAGGACCCACACGGGAACGGGCAGACAACGUCUGUCUCUCUUGUCGCCGUAAGAAGAAGAAGUGUGACAAGGCGCUACCGAAAUGUCUACAUUGCCAGCGGUUGCGUAUACAAUGUGUAUACGAAGAUGCGGCCGAUAGCGUGCCGGUAAUAGAAGAGUUCCGCCAGCUGAGGAAGAGACUCAAGCUGUUUGAAGAGAUGCUCGUCCCUGGCGCUUCCAGAGUGUCCAGAUCAACCCACUCAGCCGCAGAUCCAGACCCUGCCGAGAUAGAAAGUCAAAUGGGGCCAAUUGAGUAUGAAGCCGAUUUCAUCUCACGCCUGGAUGCGCUUGCCUCCAAAUUGAACGUUGGUGAAGAGGUCUAUCAACUUCUCCAGUCACAUCCAGGGGAGAUAUACAGAGCACUAAGUCUUUACUUUGACAAUGUCCACAAAUGGAUACCCAUCAUGUCACAAAAGCUGUUUUAUAGCAAGAUGACAGACUUUAGCAAGACGAAGCGCCCAGAUUUUGCCAUUCUCUUGCUUAGCAUCCUCUUGUCGAUCCACUGCCCUGCAACUGGUACGGCACCAGAACCAUUGUACAAGGCAACACGGUCCAUAUUUUGGAGUUUAAACGCAACCAUAGAUGCAUCUUUGGAAAUGAUACAGGCAGGGUUGCUCUUGUCUUGCUAUGAGUACGGUUUCGGCAUGUAUAAAGAAUGCUACAAAACCAUUGGCACAUGCGCACGAAUGGGUCAUUGGAUGGACCUGCAAGAUGAGAAGCCGCCAUCGGACCGUCUUCGAUAUAGCGAUGAAUGGAUCAGAGUAGCCGAGCGAUGCAACGUCUGGUGGGCGUUAGUUAUACGCGACAGGUUCGAGCACCGGUUGAUUACUACCCAUGAUUCCGAUCGAGCACUAACAGAUGCGCUUACAUGCAGGUCAACCAUGUUGCACGAUGCCACGUUCUCCAAGCCGUUUGCAAUCAACCAGGCCUCAAUGCCGCAGCACCUUCCCUUUGAAGCUUUUGAUCUUGAUCCCUCAUACUCUCGCCUUGGUGACGCCGUUCUUACCCAGGAUGAAGAGCCCGGCGUAUUUGGCUAUCAGGCAAAAGCGUGGUGUUUGUUUGACAGGACGGUGUCGUUCCGCCAUAGUUUAGCAACCGAUCAUGCACAAGACCAUUUGGGAGAUGAGAAAUAUCAGUUGGAUAUUGAACUUCAACAACUUAUGAGAACACUUGUUGAACGGUCCGGUGGUACCAUGUGUGGAUAUUGUGAGCCAUCCGCCAUAACGCUCGUUUCGCUCCUGCUUUUACACAGUCGACACCCACCCCUCACAGCGGACGAUCUAUGCAAAGGCGAUGUUAAAGGUUUCCCGCCAUCAUGUCGCGUGGCCUCCGCAUUAGUAGUCAAGACAAUUGUUCGCAUGGUUGUCGAUGUGGCUGACACCAUUAACAACCAUUACCGUAAGAUUAAUAUAAUAUCGUUUCCGCCGACGUAUUGCCACGUCAUUUAUCGAGCUACGUUGGAGUUGAUUUCUUUCCGCGACGACAUGGACGAGGCGGAAUGGACGACGGCGCUUGAAACACUCCGAGAAGCUACUUGGAACUACGGCAGGAGAUGGCAAGCUGCAGCAAAACACCUUGAAGCCGUGGAUAAUGUGCUUUCAGAUCUCUUGUCUGAUUCGCCAUCCACGUUCAACUACUUUCAACCAAUUCAAAACGACCCUUGUUUGGUCGCACUACUGUCUAAAUAAAACUCAUCUUGCUCUACUUU